UGGAAACCCACCGCGCGCCCCUUGCCAGAAGACUAUAUUCCGAUCCUCAACCGUACGCGCCUCGCUCGAUAUUCCCUCCAGAGUAUGAUUUUCUACAUAUCCUUCCCCCCUUGGCUCUCUCCUGUUGGUUCAAGAAGAAAUAAAAAGGAGGAUGUACACGUAUGUAUUCUUGGAGCUGGGGAGGAUCUUCAGCGCGCCAGGUCCAGACUGCUACUGGACCGUCCCUGUCCCUGUUUGAAUUCCUUUUAUCAAAGCCACCAGAGACUGGAAACGCGCACACGCCUCAUUUGCCCCACGCUCUUCCCUCCAACGUAUCAGGUCUAAAAGCAAUAUGGCAUCGACCCCACCGACUCCACCAACACCUCCAACCCCACCGGAGCCAGCGUCUGCGGGAUCAGUAGGCGGGUCAGUUCUGGGUUCGCAGAAUGCACAUGCGCAUGGUAAUGGUUCCAAUACUGGACAAUGGCAAAAGAAAACACCUCCACCAACCAUGCUCUCAAAGGCCUGGGCAAACCGUGGCAAGAUCACCUUUGGAUUGUUUCUCAUGUACAGCAGUGCCAACUUCUUCUACAAUUGGAGGUUGCAAAAGAUCAGAGAUACCAUUCCACCAAACACAGUGCUCCAUUGGAGGAUCACGGACGGAUCAAUUGUAGAAACUGAUACCGACAAGGGCGGCUACCAAAAGCUGCUCAGGGCUGCAGGAGGCGAUUCGCCCUCACCAAUUUCCUCCCUAAUCGACGUUGUAACUGCGAUCAAACAUGCAAAGGAUGACCCAAGGAUCGUUGGCAUCAUGGCCAACUUUUCGACCGCAAACAACAAGACCCAGCAAGCCAAAGGUCUUGGACUUGCUCAAAUACAGGAGCUCAGAAGUGCUAUUCAGGAGUUCAAGGAAGCUAAGGCCAAGGCUCUCGGCGGCGAGGACAAGGUGUCGCUUAUUGCCUACACUGACUCCUUUGACAACCAAACGCAAUACUAUUUGGCCUCUGUGUUCGACAAGGUGUAUAUGCAGCCUAGCGGAAGCAUCCCCUUGGUCGGUCUGUCCUCCACUGUGCCUUUCUUUAAGACUUUGCUAGGUCGCUUUGGUAUUCAAGUGCGCGCUGAGGCUCGUAGAGAAUAUAAAAGCAUGGUCAGUCCGUUCACAGAGACGGAGCUCCCUCCACCGCAGAAGCAAAACCUGUUUGAUCUCCUCAAGGGCCUGAACUCGCAGAUCCUAGCCGAUAUUGCAAAAUCGCGCCAAAAGACACUUGGAAGCGACCCCGUAGAAAAACUGAACCACCUUAUCCAGAUUGGACCAUUUAUGGGAGCUGAGGCCAAGGAUGAGGGACUCGUGGAUGGACUGCUUUACAAGCGAGAUUGCGGAAAGAUGGUUGAGGAUAACGGCGCCUUCGGCAUGGCCCACUACAUCCGCGUCAAAGCCAAGGAGCACACGGACGCAUUGGCCAAGACCGGUGAGCCCAGUCUUGUCGUUGGUAUUGUCUAUCUCGUCGGCGGUAUCAAGAGGGGUGGCGGCCUUUUCGGAGCGAAUACUAUUGUCAAGGGCAUUAGAGAGGCUGCAAACGACCCUACCGUGGAUGCCGUUGUAUUAAGAAUCGAUUCUGGUGGAGGUGAUGUUGUUGCUAGCGACACGAUAGGAGACGCCAUUCGAUGGUGUCAGGACGUCAAGAAGAAGCCUGUCGUCGUCAGCUUUGGAAACACUUCUGCCAGUGGAGGUUACUUUAUCUCGACCCACGCUAAGGCCAUUAUGGCUCAACCAACGACUGUAACUGGAAGCAUUGGAGUCGCUUCGUUAAGACCCUACUUUACACCAGAGUUCUUCAAAAUGAUUGGGGUUAGCAUGGAGCAGUUCUUCACUGGUUCAUCUGACACUUCUCUGUUGCAUGACUUGGAGGGUGCUGCUUUGACACGCUAUAAGCGACAGAUUGACACGACCUAUAACGAUUUUAUCAAGCGCGUUGCGGAUGGCCGAAAGUUGACCAUUGAGCAAGUCGAGAACGUCGCGGGAGGUCGCGUGAUGAACGGAAGAGAAGCACUGAAAGCUGGAUUGGUGGACAAGUUGGGUGGAUUGUCCCAAGCUGUGCGUUUGGCUGGAGACUAUGGCCUGGAGGCGCACAAGAAUGCUGGCCGUCUACCCUCGGACAUGCAGGUCGAGAAUAUUGUCGUCAAAACGUUCCCCAAGCCCAAGCCAUGGGUACAGCAGAUCGUAGAGUCAAUGACGGGAGAUGAAGCAGCUGAUAUGUAUGCGAAGGAAAAGAUUCGGGCGAUGAUGAUGCGGGUCUGGAGUGGGGAUAUGAUGGGUCUCAUGUACGACUUGGGCCUGACUGAAUCACCCUUCCAGCAGGGCCCUCACCAGCUUGAAAUCGAGGAGCUGAAAGUUCAGUAGUGGUAGUAGCGGGGGAAACUACGUAGUCCGUGUUUUAUACAAGCACUUACAAGCCAUAAAAAAAAAAAGAGGACAUAGACGA